AUAACUCUAUUGUACCUAAUUUAUUUUUACAUUGAUAGAGAUACUCCUAAUCGUGGUGGUCGUUCGUGGAAGUGGUAUCGACAACUUGGCAUUUAUAGACAUUUUGCCGGUUAUUUUCCACUGAAAUUAGUUAAAACUCAUGAUUUGGAUCCGGAUAAAAACUACAUAUUUGCAUGCCACCCGCAUGGUAUAAUAUCCCUUUCGCAUAUUUAUCAUUUUACGAAUAACAGUCCCAGCUUUCAACAACUGUUCAAUGGGUUUACUGUACGUAUCUGUGGCAUUAUGUGGAGCUUUUGGUUCCCGCUCUGUCGGGAUUCCCUAAUGGCUAUCGGUCUUAUAUCGGCCAAUAAAUCUAGCAUCGAAUGGUGUUUAAGUGGCAAAGAGGGCACCGGAGGGCAAGUGGUGGCUGUGAUAGUGGGCGGGGGUCGUGAGGCCCACUACGCAAUGCCCUAUACUAUGAGACUGUAUCUCAAACAUAGGAAAGGAUUUGUGAAAAUUGCGUUAAAACACGGUGCAUCGUUGGUACCGGUGCUGGCAUUCGGUGAAAAUGAGUUAUGGGAGCAAAAAGUAUUCGCAAAGGACUCGUGGUUUGGUAAAUGUCAGCAAUAUGCCCUAGCUAAAUGCUAUGCUACCAUACCGAUCCUCAAACAUAUACUUCCCCGGCAUAUACCAGUUACCACAGUUGUUGGAAAGCCUAUAGAUGUGCCAAAAGUGGACAACCCUUCCGAUGAUGCGGUCAAUCGACUUCACAUUCAGUAUAUUAAUAGUUUGGAGAAAUUAUUUCAUGAAAAUAAGUCUAAAUAUGGUUUCAAUGAUGUAAAGCUUAUUAUUGAU